AUUUUCAGCACGUUUGCAGGAAGUGGUGCUUGGAAGUUUGAGCAAGGAUUUUUCCCACAUUAACUAAAGGAAAAUAUGUUUUAUAAUCUGAUUUCAGGCGGUUCUGUAUAAAGGCAAUGGAAGCAAAUAUAUCAGGAUUUCUGACUAUGCACAAACUGAGAAAUAUCAUCACGGUCUUCCUAAUCCUGAAUUUCACGUGGUCGAUGAAUAGAAAUAUAUUUUACAAAAUGAGGGCGAAGGUUUCGACCCGAAACGUCGAUUGCAUCUGCCUGACCCGCGGAGUUUGUGCAUCUGCUGGGAGUCCAAGCCGAGCCGGGGACUUCCGGCAACACGCCAGUUCAUGAUCGUGGGUCCCAACAGAAAGCUCGGGCAAGGCUCCAUCGCAGCGGCUCGGAGGGCUGCAGGAGGCGCCGCCUCCCUCGCCGUCAGGGGCGGGCUCUCGGUGCAGAUUCCGGAGUGGUCAUUAUGCAAUGUUGUCCCCCAGUACAUCAUUUUUACAAAUCAAGUUCGACGAUUUACAAUUUCAUGAAAAUUGCGGCGGAGGAAGCUUCGGUAGUGUUUACCGAGCAACAUGGUUGUCACAAGGCAAAGAGGUGGCUGUCAAGAAAUUGCUAAAGAUAGAAAAAGAGGCAGAAAUUCUCAGUGUUCUCAGCCACAGAAAUAUCAUUCAAUUCUAUGGAGCUGUCUUAGAGUCACCAAACUAUGCCAUAGUCACUGAAUAUGCUCCUGGGGGUUCACUGUUUGACUAUUUGUCCAGUGAUGAAAGUGAGGAAAUGGAUAUGGAUCAGAUAAUGGCUUGGGCAACUGAUAUUGCCAAAGGUAUGCAUUAUUUACAUAUGGAUGCUCCAGUGAAAGUAAUCCACCGGGACCUCAAAUCACGAAACGUGGUGCUUGCUGCAGACAAAAUUUUAAAGAUAUGUGAUUUUGGUGCUUCAAGGUUUCACUCUCAUACAACACACAUGAGCCUGGUGGGUACCUUCCCGUGGAUGGCACCAGAGGUUAUACAGAGUUUACCUGUGGCUGAGACAUGUGAUACAUAUUCCUAUGGUGUGGUUCUUUGGGAAAUGAUGACACAGGAGAUCCCAUUUAAAGGUCUUGAAGGCUUACAGGUGGCCUGGCUAGUUGUGGAAAAAAAUGAGAGGUUGACCAUUCCAAAGAGCUGUCCUGCCAGUUUUGCAGAAAUAUUGCAUCAGUGUUGGGAAACAGAUCCCAAAAAAAGGCCAAACUUUAAGCAGGUCUUGGGGUCCCUUGAAGUUAUGUCACAUGACAGCAAGCUUCCAGACCAGUGUAACUCCUUUCUGCACAAUAAGGCUCAGUGGAGAUGUGAAAUUGAGGCUACUUUGGAAAGACUGAAGAAACUGGAACGUGAUCUGAGCACGAAAGAACAAGAGCUGAAGGAACGAGAAAGACGUUUGAAAAUGUGGGAGCAAAACCUGCUGGAACAGUCCAGUGCUCCGUUGCUGCCAUCCUUAGAUAUAUAUUCCUGGACAGAGGAAGAUGUGUACUUCUGGAUACAGCAAUUGUUAGAUAAAGGUGACACAGACAGUGAAAUGAAAGGCUACGCAGAACUGUUCAGAAAUCACCACAUAACUGGCCGAAGGCUGCUCUUGCUGAAAGAACAAGAUUUGAAAGACAUAGGAAUACAGUCCAAAGGACAUAUCAUUCAUUUAAAGACUGAAAUUGAAAAACUGACCCUUGACUACUUGAACCUUUUUCACUUUCCUCCUUUAAUUAAGGGAGAUGAUUCUGAAGAAGAUGAUUUUGGAGAAAAGAUCCUGCACCUUGACCUGCUCUUUGGUUAUCAUUUAAAGCCGGGGAAAGGGUUUCAGGAUAGUAAGUGGAAAAUGUAUGUAGAAGUGGACGGUGAUGAUGUUGCGUUGACCUAUAUCAAGGACAUAACUUUCAACAUUAAUAGACAAGACACAGAUGUAAUUAAAAUAACCAAGCCUCCCUACCUAAUGGAGAAGUGGAUUGUGGGAAUAAGUGAGAACCAGACUGUGGAAUGUAUUGUUACCUAUGAGACUGAUGUCAAAACUCCCAAAACAACCAAGCACCAUCACAUCAUUGCGCUGGAUAAUUUGAUUACCGAAGUUAAGGAGGUGGUGCUACUUAUCCAGACUGUCUCAAUGAAUACAGAAAGUAGAUUUCAGAACAAAUGCCAAUCGAAUAUCCGUCAACAGUGGUUCGAUGAUUUGAAGUUGCAGAGCAUAUCCUCGAGUGACUCUCCACAAUAUUCUGCAGUUUUACCUCCCAACCAUAGCAAUUCCAGUUCAAUUACAUUACCUCAGUAUUUAUUAUUUUCUAAACAAGACUCCUAUGCUGCAGCUGUAAGAAGAGUGCAGAGCCCUAGCAGGUAUCAUGUCACUGCGACGAUGGCUCAAUCCAGGCGAAGUUCUAGCCCAAUAUCAACAGCACCAGCAGGAUUAUGCAGUCGCCUUUCCGCUGCACAUCUGAGCCCUGCGGGGAGCAAUGUGUCCAGCGCAAAUUCAAGCUUCAGUAUGGAAAGAGACCAGAUUAGCAGUAGACAAAGUAGUGGCUACCAUAGCAAUGAUUCCAAUGGCUUCUCAUUUAAUAAAAUAACCAGUUCAGAGAGAUUAAAUAACAAUGAUAGAAAAGGGGGCAGCCCAGUGUUCACAUCUGGUAAUGGAACUUGGAACAAGGUAAAGGGACGAGGUAGGGAAAGAAGCAAAAGCUCACCUCUCGGGCAUAACUCUGGGUACCAGUCGUCAGAAAAGAGAGUUAGUCAGGCAAGUCGUUCUCACCAUGCUAUGUCAUGGGUCCCUGACAGAUAUUUGCAGAAGCGAAUAGACACGGAUAAAAGCACAGUCCCUGAAUUCUCAGAUGUUAAUGCCAAGGGCCCACAAGAAUCAACUGAUGAUAGGCCAGGCAAACCUAAUGAAGGUGAGUGGAUUAAAGUUCAACGUCAUAGGAAACCCACAAAAAGUGACUGUUUUAAAGUGUCCAGAGGCAGAGGACGAGGACAAAGAAUAGUUCGCAACUAAUAGUACUGAAGAAAUACCAAAAAGAUCGCUUCUGUAAACAUCAGGGAAAAAAAGGCAUUUCUAUUUCCAGUUUUUAUUUGUGUGACUGACAGCUGAUAACUGUGUCCUAGUAGAGGAGCACAAAAGAUUUAAGUCAUAGUCAAACCUUUCAUUGUACUAAUUUAUGUCUAAAUUCAGUAUUAACUAAAUGAGCUCAGUAAAUUUAUGGGAUGCAUAUGCUUGACUGAGGUUUCAAAGGAAAAUCAAUCCACUGAUACUUUAAAAUGUAUUUAUCUGAGGUAGUGAGUGCGAGGACAGUCUGUGUUUGUGCACUGAAAAGGUGACGAUGUGCCACAGAUGCUGCUUGACUUGCUGAGUUUGUUUUUCACUGAUGGUCGAUAUGUGUGGAUUAAAUAUUGUGUCCUUAUACUGUAUAUGGUAAGAAGCACUGCCCCGAUUCUGUGAAUCAGUGUAUAUUAGCCUUGACUGUUCUUAUUUGCUUCCCUGAUAGCUCUAAAUCAAGAAACCAAUGUUUUUAGGCAAAUUACAAUAAGUGAAAUUAUAUCAGAAAAAUAUCUACUUAGAACUUUUUAUCAACACAAAACUUGCAUAGUUUUUUUACUUAAUGAAAUUGGGGGUUGUUCUUUUCUUAAAAGUAUGCAUUACAGAUUAGUGCUCUUAAGAUGUGCUGCAAGAAUUCUACUUUGGCACAAAACAGCUUCUUAACUUUUCCACAAGUAGGGACUCCAAGUGCCAUGAAGUAACUGGAACUUCUGGAAACCUCCAUUUUCAUAGGCCGCACAAUAAAGUGUAUUGAAGAUAUGGAUACCUUGUUACUUCUUGCCACUAUUUGAUUUCUACAGGAUUAUGUUCCAUUUGCCCCCUUGGAGUUUUGAAGCAUCUCAGUUAGUUUAUUAUAUUAUUUGCAUUUGAAUGCUGUUCUCUUCUAACCUCGCCCUGUCUUCCCCACCACCAGCCCAUCAAACUGCUCCACAAACCCAACACGGUGCAACCACAAUUAUAUGCACUCAUUCCCUGGCUUCUCGUAAAAUUGCAUCUGCAGCAUUAUUUAGUCAAUUUCUGACAACAUUCAGUGAGAAAUAAUGUGGAUAGGUUUUAAUAAGUGCUGAAAAUGUAUGAAAGAAAGACCAUUGUUAUUCCAAGUGAGUUUUCAAUUUACAAUAUGCUUCAUGAGUGAAGGUGGCAGGAAAAUGUUCACAUGGCAACUGAACUCAUACAAAUCUGAAAUGAUUUUUAUAUAUAAUACAUUGCACAUAAAUAACUCAAUGAUCACCUGUAGUAUUCAAUGUUGAUAAUAUUUUUAUAGAUUGAGAGUCAGUAAGCUUCUAUUUUGUUAUGAAAGGAAUUCACCCACGAAGUUGCAAUAUUGUCUUGCUUUUAACAUUCAGCAGAUAACACAUUAAUUUGAGGUACUGAUACGAGGUCACUAAUCUGAAAUGUUCACUUUUACUGUUUCCAUAGAUAUUGCCUGACUUGCUAAGCACCUCCAACAUUUUCUGUAUUAUUACAUAAAACUGAGAUCCUGUCUGCUGCAGAUCGAUUUAAAUUAUUCCAAAGCACUAUUUAGAGAAAAGCAGGGAAUUCCAAUCAUGUUCCAACCAACACCCAUCUCUCAGCUAACUGGAUAAUGUAAUGUAGUGGUUACCUUUCUGGAUUAGAAAUCUAAUCAUCUGCACUAAUGUUUUGAUAAUGUAAAUCUCUAAUCUCACCGUGGGAGAUGGGGAAUUUAAAUUCAGUCAAUCUGAUUAUCAAGCUAGCAGGAGUACAAUCCUGUCAGGUGGAUGUAAACUACCUCUGACUCACCAGCAUCCUUCAGCAAAGAAACCCCAUGGCACUUACCUGCUCCAGCCAUUAUGUAACUUCGGACAGAACAACAGAAGAGUACAGCACAGUACGGGCCCUUCCGCCUGUGAUGUUGUGCUGACCUUUUAGCCCACUCCAAGAAUGAUCUCAUCCUUCCCUCCUGCACAGCCCAUAACCCUCCAUUUUCUUUCAUCCAUGUGCCCAUCUACGAGUCAUAAAUGUGUCAGCCUCCACCACUAGUCCUGGUGGUGCAUUCAAAGCAUCUGUGUAAAAAUACCUAUCUCUGACACAUCCCCUAAACUUUCCUCCAGUCACCUGAAAAGGAUGUCCUCUGAUAUUAGUCAGUUUUACCUGGGAUAAAGAUGCUGUUGUCUAUCUAAGCCUCUCAUAAUCUUAUACACCUCUAUCAAGUAGUCUCUUGUCCUCCUUUGCUCCAAAGAGAAAAGUGCUAGCUCGCUUCAUCUUUACCUCAUAAGACAUUCUCUCUAUUCCAAACAGCUUCCUGCUAAAUCGCUGCAGCCCCCUCUAAAGCCUCCCCAGCCUUUUGAUAUGACUGUCCUCCAAAAUGAUUUAGCUAGCCACUCAAUGCGUGAGCAAUUGGGAGAAGGCAAAUAUUGUAAAAAAAGAAUUAGGAGAAAGCUGAUGUCACUGAAAUAUUUAACUGACUACUUACCUCAGAGAACUCCAUUUGCCUGUAAGGCGUUGUGAUAAACGAUUCAGCUGCCAUGCUUGUCUCCACAGCAAUGAAAGCACAGUGUAAAGAAUUAACUGGAUAUGAAACGCUUUGAACACGAAAAAUAUCAUACAAAUUUAUUGUAUUUUUCCCUUGUUAAGGGAUUGCAUAACUAGUCUCUGGAUAGGAAGCUGUGACAUUUUCACCAUGUCACCCAGACUGUAUCCUUGAAUCUACCAACAUUAGACAGAUGAACCUUGAGAUUUCUGAUUGGCCUGCUGUUUGUUAAGUGUUCUAUCUCAGUGUGAAGGGGAGGAAGAACUGACAUUAUGUAAUUUACAUCUCUUGGAUUGUGCGACUACAAUUCAAAUGGAUUGGCAAUUAUGACAAUUGUGUAUUUAGGUCUGGCUUAUCUCGAGCUUCCCAACAAAGAAUAGAUGUCUCAGUAGCAGUAAUUAGCAGGCAUUUCGUGUGCUGCCGCAUAUAUGUUUUUGAAUAAAUUCUCAAUGCCAAUACUUCUGACAUUAUGUGUAGAAAUGUAUGUGAGAGAUAUGGGUAAUUUUUGUAUGUCGUGUGUCAUUACGAAUAUAUUUAUACAAGGACUAAUAAAUAGCCUUUUUAAAGGAAAUGCAUUGAUUAGAGAUUGUGUAUGCAUAGUAUGAAAUAUUUUAUUGUAACGGAUUGUGCAGGCUUCAGUUAACUCUUUAAGGAACGUAAUUAUUGUGUGUAUGGGCCAAAAAACUAAUAAGACACAGGCUAGUAGAAUGGGCAGUCGAAAUGCACUGCAGCGAAAUCUGCAUUCUAUAUUUUUAAUAAGGGUUGAUGCACUUCGCUAGGAAAAAGAGAGAUAGAACAGAUGCAAGAACAAGGAAGAUAAACAUCAGAUUAAUGAAGCAUUUGUGGACUUUACCAAAUAGUAUCAUAGAACUAGAAAUGUUAAUAGCCACACAUAUUCAUUGUGCCGGUUACCCCAGGGCCAUGGGUGAGGGAACACAAUAUGGGAUAUUCCAUGCCUGUAUCCUGUAUCUUAAGCAUGGUCCUGCACUAUAGGGAUAUGAUAUUUCAGUAAUUUCUCAGGAGAGGAAAGUUUAUCAGUGUGUGGCUGUAGCAAGCUGUACAGAAGCUUUAAGUAGCUCUAAACACCAAAUGCUGAAGUUUUAUCUGUCCUCAAUGUUGCAAAAAGAUGGGCCAGGACUUAUGGCUACAUUAAGUUGUACUACCUGACCCUUGUAGAAAAGUUUCUGUAAUAAAGCAUCUUUGACCACAAGUCAAACAGAGAGUGGUCUGCUUGGAAUGUUCUUAAAGCCCUGCAGAAGAAAGUGACGGUGGAUCCUGUUUAAAUGGUUUCUUGAACAUUUUCUAAGGUGAUAAGGCAGAGUAUCUCAUUACCAGAGCUCUUAACUAAAGGACCAAGACCUUGCCCGGUUGAAGAGGAGUCAGGUCCUACAUCCUACUGCAUACAACACUCAGGGUGGCUGCAGUCAGGAUGAGAUCUACUAGACUGUAUGUUUGCGAAGGAGGUCUGGAAAAGAAUGCAAGGAAGCUUCUGUUGCGUUUCCUCCUGAGCUGCUGCAAAACACAGGACUCCGUGCUCGAGUUGUUCCCAGAGACACAUUAUCAGUCUCUGCUGGAAGACCAUCGCCAGGGAGAAGACACAUUUUGGUCUCCACGGAACUUGUUUCUCUACCAGUGCAAGGAAUUGUCCACAAUGAAAUGUCGUAGAGUGACACAUUCCAAACCACAGGACUCUCUGCAGAGGAACAGACUGAAGUUGGGUGCAAUUACUGUAAUACUUCUUCAGGGAAAAGCCACAAUAUAGAGUUCUAGCACUGGACACUGAGAAACUGGUCCACAUAUAGUAAUGUCUCAAGGAAAUCUCUGCAGGGACUAAAUUAAAAUGUUAUAUUAAUUAAUGUAAUGAUACGCUUGCUACAGAGCAAUGGCCUGCAUUGUAUAACGACAUUAUAUUGAAUAAAGCAUAUUUCUGAGAAAAAAAA